AGCUGCAGUUACUCAUCUUUGAAAUACCUGUCCGUUUACCUGUCUGUUGUUCGUGAGUCGAGCACGCGAAGUAGCCUUACGAAAAUGGUGUGGUUCAUAAUAUUCUUUGUUAUGAUCGUGGCGGGUUUGGCUGCAUACACAUAUCUCCUUAGUCAAGACAACGGCUUUGAUCCUGAAAUCCUCAGAGGCGCCAGAGUAGUGGUGACUGGCUGCAGUACCGGUGUGGGGGAGCAGGUGGCGUAUCAGUAUGCAAGACUUGGUGCCAAAGUUGUCAUCACGGCCAGGAGGGAAGAGCGACUUAGAGAGGUUGUAGCUAAGAUGAAGGACCUGGGAGCCCAGGAGGCCAUCUAUGUAGCAGGAGACAUUAUUUCUGGUCCAUCCUGUAUUUGUCCAGGUUGUAGCUAAGAUGAAGGACCUGGGAGCCCAGGAGGCCAUCUAUGUAGCAGGAGACAUUAUUUCUGGUCCACCCUGUAUUUGUCCAGGUUGUAGCUAAGAUGAAGGACCUGGGAGCCCAGGAGGCCAUCUAUGUAGCAGGAGACAUUAUUUCUGGUCCAUCCUGUAUUUGUCCAGGUUGUAGCUAAGAUGAAGGACCUGGGAGCCCAGGAGGCCAUCUAUGUAGCAGGAGACAUUAUUUCUGGUCCACCCUGUAUUUGUCCAGGUUGUAGCUAAGAUGAAGGACCUGGGA